GGGAAGUCGGAGAAACAGCACGAUGGAUUCAGUUGUUCUCGAAACCAGUCUCGGAGACGUUCAGCUUGAAUUAUACUGGAACCAUGCCCCUCGGACGUGUCAGAACUUUGCUGAGCUUGCAAAACGCGGCUACUACAACGGUAUUGUGUUUCAUCGAAUUAUCGCCGAUUUUAUGAUCCAAGGUGGUGAUCCAACUGGAACUGGUCGAGGUGGAACGAGCAUUUAUGGUCAGAAAUUCGAGGAUGAAAUACAUCCAGAACUACGCUUUACAGGUGCAGGAAUCCUCGCAAUGGCGAACUCGGGGCCCAACACAAACGGAUCUCAGUUCUUCAUUUCAUUGGCACCCACGCCCUACCUGGACGGUAAACAUACCAUUUUCGGCCGGGUGAGCUCAGGCAUGCGUGUUGUGCAGAGAUUAGGUGCUGUUGCAGUUGAUGCUCAGGAUCGACCAAGAGAAGAUGUGAAGAUACACAAGGCUCGGACGAUGUGAUUGUCCGUGUAUUCUUACGUUUGCCUUCGAGGGGCACGCUAGAAGUCUGCGCUUUUGUUGGACCUAAAUGUCUUAUCUUGGACACUGGCCAGGUCUUCUUGCAGAAGCACAGUCUUAUGUGGAAUGUUCUAUUUUUUUCCCAGACUGUCGUGGUUUAAACGCUCAGGAUUAUGCUUGAAGUGAGAGCUCGAUUGAUCUUCUUUUACCAAAUAUAACAUCACCGCUGUCAACUUGAACCGACCAGGGUCCUGACAUCUUCACACCAUCCAUCAUUAUAUUGAAAAUGAUACCGACAUCUGACAUCCGGUUUCAAUACACAACAAAUUUGAAGUGCG